UAGUACGAUAGUAUGCGCAUGCAUACUCCCAGUCGCGCGAUGAUGACUAAACAGAUAGCGGUAACAUCGGACAAUUUGUACCGUAACAGUUGAGUCAUUUUUAGUUUGGUUUGCGCGUGAUGAUUUGAUGUAGCUAUUUUUUUUUAGUUGGGAGUAAAUUUAGAAACAUUUAUUUUACUUUAGCUAAUGUGUUUUGCGGCCUUCGAAUUAAGUAAAUUAUUCCUGUUAUUGAAAAAUUAGAUUUACAAGAUUAGAUUUUCAGAGAAAGAAAGAUGUUCGAGACUCAAAGGUACUUCUUCCUUCUCCUGGAUGUCACCUGCGUUGUCCUUGCUGGACUUCCCUUUGCAGUAUUAAAUUUACAACACAACCCAUUCAAAAGAGGAUUUUUUUGCAGUGAUGACACAAUCAAGUACCCGUACAAAGAAGAUACUAUAUCUUAUCAGCUGCUAAUGGGAAUAAUGAUUCCAUUCACAUUAUUUGUAAUCAUUGGUGGAGAGUGUAUUUCUAUAUAUCUCAGAUCCAGAUCCUCCUUAAUCAAUGACUAUGUAGCCUGCACCUACAAAGCUGUUGGGUCAUUUAUUUUUGGAGCAGCAAUAAAUCAGUCCCUGACUGACAUUGCAAAGUACACCAUUGGUCGGCUGAGGCCACAUUUCCUGAGCAUAUGCAAGCCCAACUGGAGCCUUGUGGAUUGUAAAUCAGGUUACAUUCAGAACUUCACAUGUACAGGAGACAAGACAUUGGUCACUGAAGGCAGGCUUUCAUUUUUUUCUGGACAUUCUUCCUUUUCAAUGUAUUGUAUGCUGUUUGUUGCACUGUACCUGCAACUGAGAAUGAAAGCAGAAUGGGCCCGGUUGAUAAGGCCGACUAUCCAGUUCUUCUUAAUUUCAGCAUCUGUGUAUGUGGGUCUGUCACGAGUCUCAGACUACAAACAUCACUGGAGUGAUGUUCUCACUGGAUUCAUACAGGGAGCCAUUGUGGCAAUAUUUAUCGUGAUCUGCGUGUCAGAUUUCUUUAAAACCCAGCUCAAGAGGGACAAAGAGGAAAUCUCACACACCACCCUGCAGGAGACCACAAAUGAUAUGAACCACUAUGGGAGCACUGAGUGAAAAGGAGACUAAAUUGCUUGAAAUUUCAGAUCACGUCCAUUAAAAAAGGAGAGUUGACCAGGACAAACAGCUGUUUCUGAAACCUCAAGUAUAGUCAUAGAUGUCAAUAUUUCACUGGCCAAACCUACUGGAAGGUUUUAAACUGCAAAGCAACCACAACUGAAUCUGGAUUCUUCUGAAAUUGUUUCAGUUUUUCCUCUACGUAAAAUGAACUGUCCCAUUGAAAAUCCAUUUGUAAUGGAAGGUUAUGCAUAUAACUGUGGUUGUACAACUGAGUGGAGGACCCCCACAAAUAUUUCUUUCAGACCAACUGGAGUCUUUCUUGUUCUUGUUCCUUGUAGAGUGCAAAUACCAAAGUCAUCACCUUGUGACUGUGACCUCAUGUCGCUAGCUUAUAAUAUGUCUUAUCCACGCCACAUUCAUUCUGGCUAUUCUCAUCAAAUGUCAUAGAAUCAUAAGUGCAUAAUAAUUGCAUUACAUACAUACAUAAUCCUCUGUUCUAAUUCCUUACACCCCAGACUGCCACGGUGGUUUCUUUAAUAACUAGUGGAGGCUGCAUAUAAAAAUCAUCACAAUGGUUUGUAACACAUCUUGAUAGAAUACUCUGUAAGAUAAUAACAGACAGCACUCCCCAAUAGUACUGAUAUUCUUUAUUAAUGAUGAGAAGCUCUUGAAAUGUUUACACUAUUUUUGUGGUUCUGAUAUUGUGAAAUCACUUCAAGUGAAGCUACUCUACUCUAUUUGAAAAUGGGAAUCACUGAAAAUACUGAUAAUGUUCUAUAUACUGAAGAUAAGAUUCAUUCAGCAUUCUCAUAUACUGCUCUUUAUUGAGGAUAAGACUUACUCAUAUUAACAGUGUAUAGUGGGACCAAUGAAGCAACAUUCAGUCCGUAAAUUGUGGUGAAAUUAAAGGGUGAGUUCCAUAUUGCCGCUUUGCAACUGUUUGAAUGUGCCACUGAGUGGUUGGCCAUAACGUAAUGGCAUUUUUUGGAAGAAAGUACCUUUUGACUUGUGUUCAAGUAUGCCGGUUUAAUCAGAUCUUUUAUGCAAAUAUCUGUCUUUAGACAGUGAAGCUCUUGUAACCCCAGUGUCCCAAAAAGUGUCCCUUGAUUUUUGUUUGUAGGGCUACAUUAUCAUUUCCUACUGUUUCGAGUUCGGGUUGAAACACCUGCUCAACACAAGUCCAUGCGAUUAACUUUGUGCACCUGCUGAAGUUAUUGCAGUUAUUUUGUAAAUAGAUAGUUUUUUUUUUGUUUUGUUUUGUUUUUGUAUAUUUUCCAAGGGGUAUUCACUUCCACAUCUGUGGUAGGAUCUUCAGAGUCUAUAGCAGAAUUUUUUUUAGCUGAUUUUUAAAAAAAAAAUUUUUUUUAUUUGUUUCGUCUGUCUUCUUUGUACUUAGCCAUUUCCAUGAUGUACUUGGCAAUAUAUCUUUUGAGAUACUCAACACUUGUCUUAUUCUAUUCAAUUGCCAACCUUUCCACUCUGCUGCUGACUCUUCCAUCCUGCAUUUCAAGGUGCUCACUCGUAUCUUUGUCAGCAACUGAGCAUUCUGCCUAUUUAUGUUUCUGCUGCAAUACCACAGCAAAGAAGUUUACCCAUUUCUUAUGAGAUUUCUUAUUAGAUGCUAUUCGCUUGACUACCUGCUGGCACGUCAUUGCGUCAGAGGAAAGAUAAUGAAUAGGCAAUGGUAUUCUCAUAGCUUACAAGCUUCAUGCUUUGCUAUUGGCAUUACUUUGCAUUUAGGGCAAGGCUUUGAAAAGUGCUUGUUGUAUAAGUUUGUGCACUGAUCAUGCCCAUUAUCCAACUCCAUCUGGGAAAGGUAUGGGAAAAAACAGCUCACCAUUCUGCCCAAAAUACAAGAGUUUGGGAAGUUUAGAAAUUUAUAAAUUAUGAAAUUAGUUUCAUGCUGCAUGAACAAUAGACCACAUGCCUGGCUCAACAACACAAUUAAAAGGGCAGAGAAUAGUAAUAAACAGUAGAUUCCCAGGCAUGGGAGAUAGAUUAGAGUGCUAUAUUUUUGCGUCAAGUGUCCACUUCCUUGUCCAACUCCUUGGCAAAAUGAGAAUGGGAAAGAGGAGAAUGUGACAUAAUGGGGACUGUAGCUGUGUAAAGUCACAGUUAGUUUAUUACUAUUUCUACUCAGCAAGGAACAAGUACACGAAAAGACUAGGACUAGGACACUAGUUGCACUAGGACUCGGCAAGGAAACUGCUACAGUAUGGUGGUUCAGAUUGUAAGGAAGAAGGUUUCAUUUUCUCCCUGGAUUUUU